AUGGGAUCAACAGACCAAAAUACUUCACAAAGAAAUCAAACUAUCCUGGUGGAAUUCAUCUUAAUUGGUUUUUCUGAUUUUCCCAAUCUGCAAGGAUUUCUCUUUGGGCUGUUUCUGGUAAUGUAUGCGGUCAUUCUAGUGGGGAAUAGCCUCAUUCUUGUCAUAACCAAGAUUGACCCUUCUCUUCAGAUGCCCAUGUAUUUUUUCCUUGGCAAUUUUUCCUUUUUGGAAAUAUGCUAUGUGUCAGUCACUAUCCCCAGACUGUUAGCAGAUCUCUACAGACAGAAUAGAAGUAUUUCUUUUCUGGCCUGUGCUAUCCAGAUGUAUGUCUUUCUGGUCCUAGGGGUCACUGAGUGCUUUAUGUUGACAGUCAUGGCUUACGACAGGUAUGUGGCCAUUUGCAAACCAUUGCUCUACCCUCUCCUCAUGAACAAGAAGCUAUGCAUCCAGCUGGCCGGUGGCUGUUGGGUGAGUGGGAUUCCAGUGCAUAUUGGCUUCACCUAUUCAGUCUUCUCUCUCCCCUUCUGUGGACGCAAUUGGCUGGACCACUUUUUCUGUGACAUUCCUCCAGUCUUAACCCUCCUCUGUGGAAACACUUUUUUGAUUGAGAUGAUGAUUUAUGUCAUUGCUCUUCUGGUUGUCACAAUUCCUUUUAUGCUGAUCCUUGGAUCCUAUGUGAAAAUCAUCUCAGCCAUCCUGAAGCUGCACUCAACCACUGGGAGGGCCAAAGCCUUCUCCACCUGUUCUUCGCACCUUAUGGUUGUUGCUUUGUUCUUUGGAUCAGGCACAAUUACAUAUUUGAGACCAAAGUCUAGUCAUGCAGCAGAAAGAGACAAAUUCCUUUCUCUUUUCUAUACCAUUGUUACACCUAUGUUUAAUCCCAUGAUUUACUGUUUAAGAAACAAAGAUGUUACAGUGGCAUUGAAAAAAUUCCUUUUGAAAUGCAUCGUUUUGUGA